AUUUUUUUUUUUUUUAAAUUGUGUAUUAUUAAAGAUCUUGUGUUCUAUGUGUUUGAUUAAGUGUAAAGGGGCUAGCUUGAUGAGUAAUUUGUAUGAUCUUGAGGAUUGAAGAUCAUAAGAGGGCAGUUUUGGGGGUUGAUUAUCUGGUUAAUUGCUGUAUAUUUUGCUAUAGUAACUUUUUUUUUUGUGUAGAAUAUGUAUUUUUGGGAAAUCUUUGAAAAGGGUCUUAUCCCGUAGAGUUACCCAGUAUCUGUGCUGGUAGGAAGUAGCUGGUAAGGUACCUGGUGGGAUAGGAGCUAUGAAAGCAGGGUCGGUCAACAUUUGUUACCGAAAAAAGGGGGCGUACCCUGUACAGAAGUAGCACUCUACAGAAGAUCAAGCAAGAUUGGAUGGCCUGCAGCUUGGUUUAAAAGUUUCAAGAUUUGUUCAAGAAAGUGCUUAUAAGGGAUGUCGAGUGGAAGCUAUACACACUGGUGCCACAGAUGCAGGCAGCCAAUUCGUCCUCGAGGGUCUAAUUGUCUUUGCCCAAAUUGUGGCGGAGGUUUCGUUGAAGAGCUCGAUGACGUGGUAGGUGCUAGAUCUAAUAAUAUUGAGGAUGAUCCUCAUUUUGGAUUAAUGGAUCCUUUCCCGGACCCAAGAUUUGGUAUAAUGGAUGCCCUUGCUGCGUUCAUGAGGCAGAGAAUGGCAGGAAGAAAUCCUAAUUUUGACAUUAGGACAAGAUCCGGCAUUGUUCCCGGAAACGGGAGGGGUUUUGGUUCUGGUCCAUGGUUGAUAUUUCAUGGCCAAACUCCUGUUAGUAUGACGGAAAAUGAUGCAUUUGAGUACUUCUUCAAUGGAACCCCGGGAGGAGGAAUGGGGCAGCACCGACGACCUAAUUUCGAUGAUUUGAUGGGGCCCGGGCUGCAACAGUUGAUUGAGCAGCUCAGUAUGAAUGAUAGGCAAGGCCCAGCUCCGGCACCUCGUUCUGCAAUAGAUGCUUUGCCUACUGUCAAGAUCACACAAAGGCACCUCAACACUGAUUCUCAAUGCCCGGUUUGUCAAGAUAACUUUGAAUUGGGUUCUGACGUGAAGCAGAUGCCAUGUAAGCAUAUUUACCAUUCAGAUUGUAUCAUACCUUGGUUGGUUCGGCACAACUCGUGCCCUGUUUGCCGUCUUGAGCUGCCUUCCCGAGCUUCUGGGAGUGCCAGAACUGGAAACGUUAGCAGUGGAAGCAACAGUAGUAGCAGGGAAAACAGCGGUCAGAACCAGGGAAGGAGGAAUCCUUUUUCAUUUUUGUGGCCUUUUCGCUCGUCCAACCAAAACACUGGCAAUUAUGCUGAGAGGGGAGGAGGAAGUAGCUCAACAGCACCCUAUGAAGAGAACAACGAAACAAAUUACCCUGCGUGGCGCUUUUGAAUAUUAAAUUUUCUUUCCAGCAUCUUGAAUUUUGCCUUUUGUUGAGUGCUAGAUCUUGAAAUUAAGUAUCCUAGAUGGAGUCAGAAGUGUUUUUACUAUGUUGUAAUAUGUGAUGGAAGAAGUUCUUGAAAAGGUGUAUAGGUGGGAAACAUCUUGAAAUGGUUUAAGGGACUUCUGUACAUGAUGUUCUCAAAAUGUAUCAUGAUACAUCUUCUGUUGAUAAUAAAUUUGCUUCUAGUUAGCAUA